AUGCCUACGGAAACGAGGACUCUUGCAUCUUCGCCCCCUGUAGCGUCGGAUGCGCGUUGCCUCACAAGCUUGUUUUUCGUGAGCAAUGUGCAUUGCUCCUCGUGCGUCGCAUACAUCACUGAGGUUCUCUCAGAAGAAUCAGGGGUGGAAAACAUCUCAGUUUCUAUCUUGACGCAUGAAGUCCGCGUGCUGCACAGCUUAGACUCGAAGCCAGCAGACUUAGCCAGGGCCCUCAUUCAAGCGGCCUUCGAAGUCCAUCAUGUUACCACAUACGAUCAUGACGGCGCGGUAGUAUCCGAUCUUGAUACAACAUCAGAAUCUGGGUUUUUCUCUGCCCUCCAUUCCCCUGCAUCCGCCUCAAUUCCCGAAAACAGGCUGCAUAUCGUCAAUUGCGAUGCUUGCAGGAAAGAAGAACUCGAGCGACAUACAGCAGCAGCAGCGGAUACGUCAAAAGAAGCUGCUGCGACUCCUUCAACAAAUGGCAAAGCCCAAAACCCCGCUCACCAAUUUACCGGCGCCCGGGACUCCUCUGACCUUGAAAGUCUUGUUCCUCGAAAGUCUCUAGCAGAUGCGAAUAGCUCAACCAUCGAGAAUGACACUCAGCAAAUGCCUCCCCAAAGUGAUAAAGAGUUCGAUGCUCGUAUCAGCAUUGGUGGGAUGAGUUGUGCAUCAUGCGUCAAUACUAUUACAAAAGAAGUCCAACAACUCGACUUUGUCCGUGAGGUGACCGUCAAUCUUCUCACCAAUAGUGCAACGCUGCUCUAUACAGGCCCUCAAUCAAACAUCGACAAGAUUGUUGCCCUAAUAGAAGACAUUGGUUAUGAAGCUUCUGUGGACGAAGUCGAGCCGGUCGUUGCAACCACACCUUCGCCUCCAGCUUAUCUCGCCGAAAUUGCAAUUGGUGGAAUGACCUGUGGCUCCUGUUCUGCGACCAUCACCCGAGGGCUUGAAGAAUUGCCCUUUGUGACGGAAGUUUCUGUGAAUCUUCUGGCUCACAGUGGCAGAGUUCAGUUUGUGGGACGGGAAAAUGUUGAUGCCAUUUUGGAGAAAAUUGAUGAUCUUGGUUACGAGGCCUGCCUCGAAAACAUCCAACCUGUGGUCAUGAACAACGAAGAGGAUAAGAACCAGAAACGGACGGUCUCAAUUCGCGUGGAUGGCAUGUUUUGCCACCAUUGUCCGAAGCGGGUUCUUGACUCUUUGAAGGUGUUUCCCAACGUAGAAUGCGAACGAACAUUGUCCCUCGACAACAACGUGUUGAAAGUUACAUAUACGCUUGACCCUCCUUCGUUGACAAUCCGGGCCAUCAUUCAGGUCAUUGAGUCAGCGCAUGAUGCUUUUCAGGCGUCGGUCUUUCAUCCUCCCAGUCUCGAAGAUCGAUCUCGCGCCAUGCAGCUGCACGAACGUCGCCGAUUGUUGAUGCGCUUUACCUUUGUUUUGUUGGUGGCGAUCCCAACUUUCUUGAUUGGGAUUGUCUUCAUGAGCCUUGUGUCAUCGAACAAUAGGGUUAGGAAAUAUUUAGAGCAGCCGAUGUGGGCUGGAAGUGUCUCCCGGAUGGAAUGGGCCCUCUUCAUUAUGACCACAGCAGUCAUGUUCUAUGGCACAGACAUUUUCCAUGUACGAGCCGUGAAGGAGAUCUAUUCACUUUGGCGACCAGGAAGCCGCACCCCAAUCCUGCGAAGAUUCUAUCGCUUCGGCAGCAUGAAUCUUCUGAUUUCCGCUGGCACCACGGUGGCAUACGUGUCUUCGUUGGCUGUCCUCAUCAUGGAUUCUGCCGCAAAUACAUCCACCAGCAGCCACAGCACAACAUAUUUUGACUCCGUGGUGUUUCUGACAUUGUUCAUCCUCGCGGGUCGAUUCAUGGAAGCCUACAGCAAGGCGCGGACAGGAGAUGCAGUUGCGUCUCUCGGAAAGCUCAGGCCCUCCGAAGCAAUAUUGGUCGAAAAGUCCACUCCUACCAGUCAGACUGAAUUCGGGGAGCCAUCCUCGGUUGAGAGUCAACAGCGAAUUGCAGUUGAUUUGCUGGAAAUCGGGGACGUCGUCAGCAUCCCUCACGGCGCUUCCCCACCCGCAGAUGGUGUCAUCAUUGGUCAGAAUACCUACCAGUUCGACGAGAGUUCCUUGACUGGAGAAUCCAAGCCGGUGCAAAAGUCAGCGGGCGACCAAGUCUUCACGGGAUCUGUGAAUGUUGGCCAGCCUGUGAAAAUCAAGAUUACUGCCCUUGGCGGCUCCUCCAUGUUGGACCAGAUCAUCAGCGUGGUCCGCGAGGGACAAAGCAGACGAGCUCCUCUGGAAAGGAUUGCGGACGUUCUCACAUCGCAUUUCGUGCCUGUGAUCACUCUCAUAGCAAUCCUCACAUUUAUCAUCUGGCUCUCUCUCGGGCUUUCUGGAGUGUUGCCCCCGGACUACCUUGACACGGCACGGGGUGGCUGGGCUUUUUGGAGCCUAGAGUUUGCAAUUGCUGUGUUCGUUGUUGCCUGCCCGUGUGGAUUGGCCCUUGCUGCCCCUACAGCUCUCUUCGUGGGCGGUGGGUUGGCUGCCAGACACGGUAUCCUCGUCAAAGGUGGAGGAGAGGCGUUUCAAGAAGCGAGCCGCCUCAACGCGAUUAUCUUCGACAAGACAGGUACUCUUACAGAGGGCGGUAGUCUAAAGGUGUCUGAUUAUGAGGUCCUUGUUACGGACGCUGAGCAGAUUCGAGUCGCCUGGAAGCUUGCUCAGCAGCUGGAGGAAAGCAGCAAUCACCCGAUCGCUCAUGCGGUUUCUGCAUUUUGCAAGGGGCGUUCAGAAAUCCCCGUGGUAGCCUCCGACAUUGAAGAGAAAUCCGGAAAAGGCAUGACAGGCACCUUCACCGUCUCAAUCAACGAUCCUGCAUCAGACUCCUCGACGACAGUGGUCUAUGAAGCCGCGAUCGGCAACGAGGCUCUUCUCCAGAGCCUUGCGUCUGCAGUAGACACUUCCCGUCUUUCCGGUCUGCUGAAGGAGUACCAGUCCGCAGGAAAAUCCACUGCGAUCCUGUCGCUCCGCAGAAUCGAGCCAACUUCCACAGACAAACCCUCGUUCACGCCCGCCAUCGUCUUUGCCACAACUGAUGCCAUCCGCCCGCAGGCUUCAGAAAUCAUCUCUCAGCUCCGCAAGCGGCACGUCGAUGUCUUCAUGUGCACAGGGGACAACCCAACCACCGCCUACGCCGUCGCAGACAUGGUCGGCAUCUCCCGGUCCAAUGUGAUGGCCAACGUCAUGCCAGCCGGCAAAGCCGACUUUGUCCGCAAGGUCCAGGACGGCCUGUACCCCGUCCGAAACGAAGACGAAGCUGAGAGUCAAACGAACCGAUCCGGCUCGCGGUCGAUCGUCGCCUUCGUCGGCGACGGCGUUAACGACUCGCCCGCUCUCGCAGCCGCGGAUGUCAGUAUCGCCAUGGCGUCCGGCUCUGACGUCGCCAUGAACUCCGCAAGCUUCAUCCUCCUCAACUCGGAGCUGGAUACUAUUCUCCAGCUGGUCCUCCUCAGCCGGCGCGUCUUCAACCGCGUCAAGAUGAACUUUGGCUGGGCAGUUGUGUAUAAUCUCUGCCUUGUGCCUGUUGCUGCGGGCGUGUUCUAUCCCAUCGUCAGUGGGCAGAAGCAUAUGAUGAUGGACGGCGAGAUGGUCACCGUCAAUGACCACUGGAGGCUUAGUCCGGUGUGGGCUGCGUUGGCCAUGGCGUUGAGCAGCGUUUCGGUUAUCUGCAGUAGUCUUGCUCUCGCGAUUGACUGGCAGACGAUUAGAAAGGUGUUGGGUCAGUCUAAGUCUUGA